AUGGGGAAGAAGGGCGAGCGCGGCGGCAAGGACAAGACGGCCGCCGCCUUGGAGGAGGAGGCCCGCAACGCCGCCCGCCGCGCCGAGCACGGAGAGGAGGAGUACCAGUGCUGCGGCAUCCUGGAGCAGGACUUCGCCGAGCUGUGCGCCCGCGCCGGCUUCCAGGAGAUCCCCCGCGUGGUCCUCCGGCCCCACCCCCCCGCCGCCCCCGCCCCCCCCGCCGCACCAGAGGAGCUGGACCUGCUUGCGGAGAAGGAGGGGCAGAACAUCCUGGCCCAGAUCCAGGGCAAGUACGCCUACUUCCGUCCCACCAUCCAGGUGGAGCUGGAGCACGACGACCCCAAGACCACCCGCGAUAUCUUCAUCCGCAGCUGGAGACUGGAAGGCAAAAUGCUGGGCGUCUUGGCGGAGUGCUUGCCGGCCCUCUCCAGCCUCCAGGCCAUCCGCCUCUGGAAGGUGGGCCUGACAGACCUGACCUUGCUCUCCUUGAUCUCCAUCCUGCCAACCUGCCCCAACCUCAAGGUGCUGUCCUUGGAAGGGAACCCACUGCCAGAGCGGUCUUUCCACAAGCUGAUUGGUGAAGACAGCACCUUGGCCCAUGUCUCCCUGCGCAACAACGACAUUGACGACGAGGCGGCUACCCUGAUAGGGCAAGCGCUCUCGUCCCUCCGGAGCUCCAACAAGAGCUUGGCCUCCAUCAACCUCAGCUACAACCGCAUCACCGACACCGGAGCUGCUUCCCUGGCAAACGGCUUGCGCCUCAACCGCUCCCUGCUGUCGCUGUCCUUGUCGCACAACCACAUUGGAGACGAAGGAGCCAUAAAGCUGGCAGAGAUUCUCGCUCCUUUUGCGCUCACUCACACCGAGGUUGUGGAGAGGAGGAGGCUUCUACUGGAGAAGGAGUGCCAGGAGCGAUGCCGGAUGCCCCAAAGGCAAUCGGAUGUCAAGACCGACCGUCCAUCCAGCCACCUGAGCAACACGACGCUGGACAAGCUGCAGCCCGCCAAGGCCAGCAAAGUCACCACCAAGAAGAAAGAACCCGCCAAGAAGGAGGAGAAGGGGCAGGCGAGUGGCGGGGCAGCCGCCCAGGCUGGGGGAGCUGCCCAGGCCAAGAAGGAGGAGGUCAAGCUAGCCAAGAAAGCCAUUUCUGCCCUGGAGCAGAAAGCAGCUCGCGGCAAAGGGGCAAGAUCCGGCAACAGAGACAAACGAUCCCAAGUCCUGGAAGUGGAGGCAAUGGAGCCCACGGAGAUGGUGAACCCGCUCCUGGAGCAAGCCGAACACCGAGACGGGAAGGUGUUCUUGCCCGGGAACCGCAUCCUGAUCUACUUGAACCUCAUUCGGAACCAAAUCACCGAGCGGGGGCUGAAGGCCUUCCUGACGGCCGUGGAGCAUCAGGCGCUCAAGGGGCCCAGCCCAGGAAAGGGGCCGACGGGACUCAUGCGCCUCUCGCUGGGGAAGAACAACUUUCCCUCAGAGAGCAAGACCUUUGCGCGGAUCCAGGAGCUGAUGAUGCCUCGUGACCCCAUUCCGAAGACAUCCAAGGCCGGCGAAGACGACUCCACCACUGCCUAG